UCCCUACUGCAUCAGAGCUCAUUCCCUGUCACUGCACCAAGGGGCUCCGAUGAGGAAAGGCUGAUGAGAGAAGACUCUUAGAAGAAGGACCAUUUCAACAGACAAAGAAAAAAAAAGUAAGGAAGGGUCCAAGUCAUUUGUGAAGAUGCUGUACGUACGAGGAGGAUUUGGGGAUGAGAAAUCCCAGUUAAAUGAACUGAACAAGCGUCUGGACCAGUAUUUGUCCAGGGUAAGGCAAUUGGAGACGGAGAACCAUCACCUGGUGGAAGAAGUCCUCAGUCUUCGCUCGGAGCGAGGGGCAGAAUGGUCAAAGGUCUACCACUCGGAGAUGUUCGAACUGAGGAGGAGAAUAGAAGACCUCACCGUAGAGAAAAGCGAAGCGGAGCUUCAGAGAGACAACCUUUUUCAAGAGCUGCAAGAUUUACAGGAAUUAUGGGAACAGGUGAGGAGCAUGAGGCUCAAGAUCGACCAACAGCUGGCUCAACACAAGCAAGAUCUGCAACAAGCGCAGAAAAGGCAAGCCGCCUUGGAGCAGCUGUACGGUCAGUUGCAGCAAGAGUGUCUGAUGCUCCAAGGUUCCCAUGAAGAGGAAAUGAUCGCUCUGAGAGAUCGGGCUUUCCAAAUGCCAUUGCAAAUGACCAUGCAGGAGGUUCUACGACCCAAACUCAGCUUGACCGAGGUCCAGAGCUUCUCGCUGGAGCUGUCCGACUCAUGGAGGGAUUCUUUCGUCUUCUAUCAGAAGAAGGUUGAGGAUCUAGAGAACAUCCUGAGGCUGAGCGAGGAGGAUCGGCAUGGAGCAGAAGAUGAAGUCACAAUAUACAGGCUGGAGUUCGAGAAAGUUCGCAAGGAAUAUGAGGAGCUUCUGGCCCUCAAAACUAGGCUUGGAGAUGAACUGCUUAGGAUGAAGGCAAAGUACAGGUUGGAGGUGGAGGAAUAUCAGAUCAUAAUAGAGGAGCUGGAGACUGAAAAGAAAAUUAUUACUGUGAACAUUACAGAAAGACUAAAGGAUUAUCACGACCUAAUGCAAGUAAAGAGCGGACUCAGCCUUGAAGUGGCAGCAUACAGGGCAUUGCUGGAAGCAGAGAGCAAAAAGGGAUCAGUAAUCAUCACAGAGCACACUAUCAGAGACAGGCCUGCAGGGUAUAUGACAUCAACGAUGGAGGACACCACAAGGUUUUCUAACAGAGGACGAGAGAAAUUUCAUUAUCCGAUUACUAAAAGUCAAGGCGAGACACAUUGGAAAGUUCACACACCUGAUUCAGGCAGAUUCCAGACUCGGAAUGCACCACAAACACAGAUUUCACCAAGAUAUACAAAUCUAGGAAAUACAAGCAGUUCCUUUGGCUCACGUAUUUAUGAAACUACAUCUCAACAAAGAUAUGGCAGGCUGGACACAAGCUUGUCCCCAAGAUAUGACUCUUCACGUAAGUCAGAAGCCACACCAACCGUGCUGUAUCAGACAGUACAACCAAAAACCAUGUCGCCAUAUUCAUCCACACAAUCAACAAUAAUUAGUCAAACAAGCCAACAAGAGCAAAUAACAGAUCAGAAGCCAGUAGCUCGAGCAAGAUCUCGUUCCAAAGAUUCUAGAAAAGGUCUGGUUGACAUUAAGGUAGAGAACAAGCAACAAGAAACUGAUUCUCAAAAAGUAUUUGCAACGGAAGAUGUUAAAGACAGGAAAUUAGAAUUGCAAUCUGUAAGAGAAACAAAGCAUGUUGUAUCGGGAAAUGAAAAAAUGGGUGAAAACGAGAAUAAAAAGAAUUAUGAUGAAACAGUAAGUGUAACAGAAACAGUGCAGAAAGAGACAAUUCAACAGCCUAAAACACAAGAGCUGCCUGUGAAAAAGGAGAGAAAAAAAAGAGAACAAGCCAAAAAAAGAAAAGAAGAGCAGGAGAAUGUUGCGAUAGGUGACACGAAUGUGGCAUGGGGUUCAACGGUGGAUGUAAAUGAAACCACCCAGGUGAGGAAAUCAACUGUCCUUGGUGAUAAGGCAGCUGAUCAGCCAAUUGUAUAUGAAAUACCAAUACAAUUUGAGGAAAGAAAACAAGAAGACGUUGAAGAACACAAAGCAAGAAACGUUAGUCAAACCUAUGUGAAUCAAGAAACUACUUUUCAAAGGAAAAUUGGGGAAUCUGGUAAAACUAACCUAGAACACAGAGAGGAAAAGAUUUUGGUUGAUGAUUAUCUUAAACAGUUAGGACAGUCUUCUGUAUUUGAAAAGAACGAGACUAAUACCUUCUUGGAAGAAAAUAAUCGGGGCAGCAGGUUUAUGAAAACCUUCGUUCCUGGAGAAAAGCCAAAAGAUAAGCAAGUAGUCAUGGAAAUACCAAUACAACUUGAAGGUAACAGAAAAGAAACUAGUUCAUACAAAGAAAAUUUUGAGAAUUCAGUGCAAAGCAGAGUUUCAGAAAAUGUAAAUAAAAUUUUUAUCGGUGAAAAAGAAAGCGUUGGAAUCGAUGAGAAGAACAAAUUGCAUAAAGGCUUUGAAAACGAUGAGUUUAGCAGAGCAGAAGAAUCUUCAAGUAUUUCAUCAGCGACCAUUGAGAACAAAGUCUUAGUCACUGAUAUACUUAAACAAUUAGGUCAUCCUUCUGACUUGGAUGAUACCAAUGUUACCUAUUUAGAACGAAAACAAAAGUGCAGUGAUGGAUCCAUGAAAACAGAAAUAUUGGUAGAAUCUAAAGUAGAAGAAGAGCUGGAUUUGUUUGAUGAACCGGACCUAACCGAUUUGUGGAACACAGGAUCCAAUUCAUCAUCUCAGAAGACAGAGACAGCUUAUAUCCCAGUUGAAGAAAUUCAGAGCAGGAAAUUCAAGAAAACAAUAUUGGAAGAUAUUACAGGAGCAGAAGCAGAAGAAUGGAUAGGAAACGUCGUUCACACCGGACUAAAGGGGUCUCCAGGAAAAUCUGUUAACGUUGAGAUAGUUCAGGAAUCCAUUGGCACGUUUGCAUAUGAAAAAGGAGAGUACUCUCCAACAUUCCAUGAAGAAGAAACUAAGGAUAACUAUAAUGAAGAAGAAUCAAUAAAUGCUGAAGAAAUGCCUGCUUCUAUAAGAACAGAUCAAACACAAGAAGAUAUUACAGGAGCAGAAGCAGAAGAAUGGAUUGGAAACGUCAUUCACACUGGACUAAAGGGGUCUCCAGGAAAAUCUGUUAACGUGGAGAUAGUUGAAGAAUCCAUUGGCACAUUUGCAUAUGAAAAAGGGGAGUACUCUAUACCAUUCCAUGUAGAAGAAGCAGAGGAUAACUAUUAUAAAGAAGAAUCAGUAAAUACUGAAGAAAUGCCUGCUUCUGCAAGAUCAGAUCAAACACAAGAUAACAUUCAACCCAGUGGAAGUCCAGCUCAAGUUGAGGAAAUAAUAGAGGGUGAGCAUGUCGAUGAAGAAAUCGAUUACUUUGUUUCCAUUCCAGAUGAUAAUCCAUAUGUACAAGAAGAGGAAGAGGAGACUAUACGAGGACAAAUUUACACAGAGGAAGAGUCCCAUGGUACGUAUUCUUGGCAGGAUGAAUUCUUACAGGGCUCCCAAGGUCGUAAAAGUUUGAGUGAGAUGUUGAAACAAGCUGCAACCACUGAACAAAGCUCCACAAACUACAAAACCACAGACACACUAGACAAAGAAGAACAAAAGGAAAAAUCUCAUGUGAAAACUAUUGUGAUUGAGAAAGCAAACACCUAUGAGUCCUCAGUGGAUAGAGAUAAUGAACUGCAAACACAACAACAAAAUGAAGACGCACCUGUUGAGGCUAUCUGGAUUGCGAAAGCAUCCACCUAUGGGUCAUCAGUGGAUAGUGGUGAUAUCUCCGACAUGACAAAACAAGACAGACAAUUGCAUGUAAAAACUAUUGGUAUUGAGAAAGCAGACAGCUAUGGGUCCUCAAUGUACAGCAGCAAAAGAUUUGACACCGAGGAACACAGAGGAGAGUCCCCUGUUGAAACUGUUGUAAUCGAGAAAACAAUUAAAGCUUCUCCUGAAAUGCAGUUUUCAUUAAUUGACUUUCUAUCUAAAGACCUCAAAGAUUCCCAUGAAAAAUUAAAAGGGACGCUAGAUUGUUUGCAAGGAAGCCUUCCUAAGGAGCUACUUGAAGAGCUGUCAGCACUUGCUGGGGAAGAGCAAACACAAACCAGCAGCUUGGCGGUGGAUAUUAAAAAGCUUGGCCAAGCAGAUAAAAGUGGCCUUGUGACCAUCGUGGCAGAAAUCAACGUAUCAAAAACCUUAGACGCAGAUGAUGAAAAUGAUCUAGAUUUAAGUAAAAUCAUUGAAAGCGAAGAGAGGCCUAUUCACAAAUCUCAAACAAUGUCCUCUGAAGAUGUACUGCAAAAAGAAGAGAGCACUGCUGGAAACAAAAUUAAUAGAAGUGAAGGCUCGCACAAUUUUGUUACACUGGGAAUGAAUAAUAGAGAACAGCGUUACACAUCUGAAGAAAACGUUGCGAAAAGCCCGACUACUGCAAGUGUCCAUUUUAGUCCAACACAGGAAGUCUCCUUUGGGCAAAGCACCACUGAUGCUAGCAGAUUCAUAAAACGUAUAGAGCUGGAUGACCUUGAGCAGAUAUUUCAAGUGGAGCCUGCAAGUUCUCAGAGUUCAGCUGCCUCCUCUUCCCCAACAGAAACAAACAGAUCUGAGCAUCAUAUUAAGUUUGCAUCCAAGGAACCAUUGUACAACAAACAAAUCAUCUUUGAGGGCCCUAUCUCUGAAACCCUUAAACUGGAUAUUGUGAAAAACACAGAAGAAACAUCCGAACAGAACAGAUCUAUAAAACAUAUAAAAAUAAGUCCAACUGAAAAUGUUCCCACAGAGCAGAUCAUAUUUCAGGGACCUCUAUUCAAAACUCUGGGCAUAGGAGCCGCAGGAGAACUAGCAGCUCAAGAAAAAUAUGUGGAACAUGUUAGUCGAGCAACUAAAGGUUCGUUCUUUGAGAGAUUCCAAGUUGGUAGUCAGGAAACUACAAGUCAUAGCACUGAGUUUACUGCAGGAUCCAGUAAGGCAACAUCACAUUUUAAGGUGAGCCCAAGUGAAUCCCUCAGUACACAAGUUAUGUUUGAGGGCAGCAUUCCCACAACUCAUGACUUCAGCCGACUAGAAACUGAUAAUUCAGAAGUUGACAUCAGACCAAUCGAACAUGGUUCUACUACCCAGAAAAUUCAUGUGUCAAAACAAGUUAAGUAUCAAGGUUAUGUUUCUGAACAACAUACUUCGGAAGAUCAGGGCAACAUCGAAGAGCGAAAUGACCAAACCAAUGUCAAUACUUCUAUCCACCACAUAAAAUUGAGUCCAAGCAAAGAACAUAUUGUUUUUGGAGGCCCCAUCUCUGCAAAUUUCCACAUUAGUGGAGAAGACAAAACAUAUGUAGAAGAUACAAACAGACCCAUUAGACACAUUCGGCUUGGCUCCCCAGAGGCACAUAUGCCAGAGUUUGUAACCUUUGAAGGACCAACUACAGAAUCCUAUGAAUCUUCUGAUUUUUUUGUUUCUUCACCAUCUGGAGAUUCCACUGAGAGUGAAAGAUCGAUCAAGCAUAUCAAACUGGGUCCAAAAGAGAAGACAUUCACCUUUCAGAUGGACAUAACCAAAUUUGCCACAAAGCAUUCAGAAGGAAAAGGAGCUGAAGAUAGCGGAAUGGUGAUUACUUCCAGUAAGUCUGAAGGUCAGCCAGGAUUUAGUCAGUCAAGCACUGAAUUAAUGGAUGACCCAGAGGUGGCAGAAAGUGGAUAUGGUGAGGAAGAAAUUGCUGGCGUCUCUCAGUUUGCUUACGAAAUCCUGCCCCAGAGCCAGAACAUCACUGAAACAUCAGAGCUUGAAAAAACUGUUCAAAUGCAAAGAAUGAUGCAUCAGAGCCAUAUGGUCUCUGGCGAGAAAAGAGUGGCCAUUGUUUAUCUUGAUGAAGAAGAAGAAGUAGAAGAAGAGGAAGAAGAAGACGAUCAAGAUUAUCUUAGGCGCUCGUUCUAAAAUCCUUUAUAAUAUUCAACUAAACAAAAAAGUGUAUAUAUAAAAAAAACUUUGACUAGCAUGAUAGCACAACCACACAAGGCGUGGCCCAAUGGCAUGAAUUUUUAAGUAUCUGUAUAAAUUUGAAAUUGCCGUAAUGCACUGAAAUUUAAUUUGCUAAAGAAUACUGCACCUAUAUCACACCUGUUGCAACAAUUUACUCUAAAGAGCUGAACGAACCCAUCUUGUUCCUGCAACACCAUUCAUUAUCUGUUACAGGAAAUACUAAUCUUAUAAUCACUUGUCAGUUAAAGUACAUCUGCCAGUUAUUCACAGUGGUGAUAGUGGUUUUAUGGACCAAUCCAAUUUCCUGGUAUCAUAAAACCGCUUCGCUAGUAACAAAUUUUCCGUGUACCAAAAUGCUGUAAUUUCUGCUGAAUCAGUUGGCUGAGGUCACAAUUUGAUCAUAAUUAAAGUUUCUACAAAUUAACCUCUUUCACUGUGGGUGCUCAAUGGAUGUACUUAACAGAUUUGCCCAGCUGUACUCAAGCAGUUAUAUUUUGAUCACUGAUAGAUGCAUUUGGAGAAAGCACUUGGCAGUCACCACAUCUAAGAAUUGGUAAGCUGCAAUAUAUUACAUUUUU